AUACGAGUCAAUGUGACUUUUUUUUUCCUAAAGCCCAUCAGCACUAAUGCAGUCGCUCUGCGAUUGCGAAGCACAUAACAUGGCUCUGUUGGGAGUUGUCACAUACUUCCUCCACUCAGGGACUCGGCGGGGCCAACAGAGGAGCCGCUGGGCGGCUACUGACCUUCGAUAAGCCCCAGGCCAGCCUAUCAGCCAGUGAGAAUGCCGAGCCCGCCCAGACCAAGUGCAUCGUCAACAUAUCCAAUAAUUGAGCUGUCAAAUAGCCGAUGUUAGGAAAAGAAGGCAGUCUAGAGUGGGGGAGUACAAUCUCUCGAGCUUGAUACAUCCUAUAAAGGUCCAUGUGACCCUUCUACAGCGGCUGGGAUGAAUGGCAAUUGAAAACUUCUAAGCCCAGCAAUCCCCUCCUCACCAGUUUCUUUCCCUGUUGGAACGUAUACUACAGAUCCUUCUCGGCUGCUGCCAGAGUGUGAUAGCCAUGACCGCCCUGAGACUCCUCGUAGGCCUGCUCAUCGUUCUCCUCGUCAGCUACCUCAUCUAUCAGGUUUGGCUGCAUCCACUUGCCUCCUAUCCGGGUCCAUUCGUCGCCAAAUUGACCGACCUCUACUCGGUUGUGCACGCCAUACGCGGUGACCGCCACGAGGAUCUCUAUCGUCUGCAUCAGUGCUAUGGGGGCAUUGUGCGAAUCGGCCCGCAGCGCCUGUCCGUUCUCGAUGCAAAGGCACUGGAGUCCAUCUAUGGCUUUCAGGCUAACGUUCAAAAGUCCCAGUGGUACCGUACCUUCUAUGGUACAAGUAUAUUCAAUACCAUCGAUCGCCGUGUGCAUUCCCGCAAGCGUCGCGUCAUGUCGCAAGCAUUUUCCAAUCAGGCACUGCGUGGCAUGGAACCGCAUAUACUAUCAGCCAUACAGGUCUGGUGCGCUGUACUAGGUGACCAGCAUCCUGACAAGCCGGUGAGAGUGGCAUCCUCCGACCCUGGCGCCUGGUCACGGCCCAAGGAUAUGGUGCACUGGAGCUCCUGCGUUAUCUUCGAUGCAUUGGGAGAGAUCUGCUUCGGCAAGACCUUCAACACUUCCCUCAGCGACGCCAACCACUUCUUCUUCCCGCUGAUGGCCUUGAACGUCCGCAUCACGAACAUCUGCGGGCAGAUGCCCAUCCUACGCCGCCUAGGGGUUGACAAAUACCUCCGCAGCGGCACCGUCGCCGACCGCAAGCGACAGAUUGACUUUUCCCAGCAGUUGCUGCGGACUCGGCUAGCAGCCGAGCCCACCGAGCGCCGGGAUAUCAUCUACUACCUGCGGCAGGCACGCGAUCCGGAGACCAAGCAAGGCUAUUCAGAGACGGAACUGAUGUCCGAGGUCGUCAUGUUGUUAGGAGCCGGUAACGACACGACCAAUGCCGCUUUAACUGCCACAUUCUACUUCCUCGCCCAUCAUCCAACUAUUCUCGCCCGCCUGAGCGCGGAAAUCCGUGCCGUUUUCGCUGCAGCAGAUGCCAUUGUUGCCGGUCCUCAGCUGGCGCAGCUGGCUUACCUCCGCGCCUGCAUUGAGGAAAGUAUGCGUCUAUGUCCACCCGUCCCUGCGGAUCUGCCUCGGGAAGUCCUCCCUGGUGGGCUCCAAGUGGGUACAUGGCAUUUCCCAGCCGGUACGGUUAUCGGAGUGCCUACGUAUGCCUUGCAUCACAGCCAAGAGCACUUUGAUCGCCCAUUCAUGUAUGACCCGAGUCGGUGGCUGUUGUACGGCAGUGAAGGCACUCGGGACGGCGAGGGCGUGAGUGCCGAGGUGCUGAGUCGGCAGCGGCAGGCAUUCGUGCCGUUCAGUCUAGGCCCGCGAGGGUGCAUUGGUCGGAGUGUGGCUAUGCUCGAAUUGGAGGUGAGUAUCGCCCGGGUUUUGUGGUUGUAUGAUUUGCGACUGGCGCCAGGGACGGAGCGACUGGGCGUGGGCCCCGAAGGAGAGUAUAAAAUCGAGGAUAAUUUUAUCAUCGGAAAGGAGGGACCCGUGCUGCAGUUUCGGACGCGUCAGACAUGAUUUUCACAAGGACUUCAUCUAUCCCGGAUGCGGAGGCGCCUAGCCCUCAUUCAUCCAUGCCCUACCGAGUUCUGGGCAGGCAUGGCACUAUAUA